AUGGACAAUAAUGACCGGCGGCAGCGGCAGGCAAAUCCCACUGGCUACACCGGACAGCAACCUCUCAUCCCCCAAGGAACGCCCGCUCCGUACCCGGCCGUGAGCGGCUCCGAUCGCUUUCGACAGCAACCGCCAUUGACCGCGCAGUCCCCCACCCAAGCACCGCCGACGGCCAGGACCGGACAAGGGUACGGCUACGCAUACGGCGGCGAAGGCGCAGCGCAGUUUGUCGGAUCGUCGAUACCGGCCGGCGCCCUGCAGUACCAACCCGAGUACGGCCAAGAACAGCAACCGCAACAGCAGCAGCGAACGCCACAACAAUAUUCGCAGUACGCGUCAAGCAUGAUGUACAAUGUGCCCGCACAGCAGCAGGCGGCUCCGCAGGCACCUUACGACUCGGUGCAACAGUACCAGCCACGGCAGUCUGCAGCAAUAGAGGUGUUGUCAACCCAAUUUGGAGUUCCACAACAGUAUUAUGGUGUGCCUGGCGAAAGCGGUCCAACUAGCGCCCCUGCGGCUGGAAUGGCGGCGCAGAACGUGCCGGCACAAUACCCAUCCCUCUCUUAUACCACUCAAAGUCCCGUCGGCCGGGACCCUCUCGCUCCCGCAUACGCCGCUGGAAUGAGUGAUCCCACCACGGCCGGCUCACACGGGGCGUACCCCCAAGGAAACUACGCCGCCCAGACCCAAGGCGCGUCCGACUGGGACAACACGUACGCAGAAUACCAGACCCAGGUCAAAAGGACCUUCGAAUGCAUCCGCGACGGCCGGCUAAGCGAAGGCGGCGGCUGCCUCUUGCGCAUCACGAAAUGGUUGCUGGGGAAUGCCGAGGCGCUGGGUCUAGUUCGAGACGACGAGCCCAUGCACGGCGAGCGCCUGAAGCUCUGGGAGGAGUUCAACACGGCCUGGCUCAGCAUCCUGCAAAAGCAGAAGGAGAUGGUGCAGGAAAUGGCCGAGGCCGGGCAGGCGCCGCGCCCGCCGCAAAGCCUCAUGGAAUAUGAUUUUAUGGAGAGCAUGGGCAAGGAGCUGGUGGGGCUCUGCGACUCGAUGGAGAAGCACGGGCUGGUCGACUACCAGAUGGGCGUGUGGGAGGAAGAAAUUGUCGCAAUCCUCACAAAGACACUGGACACGAUGGAGGAGCAGACGGGCGCAGGCGGCCAAGGACCCGCAGCUGCAGUGCGAAGGCGAUGA